CCUUCUCUCUUCCUAACUGAUUUCUCACCCACCCACCUUCAUCUUCACCACCACCAUCACCACCUCUUGCUUCACUAUCUCUUUUAUAAUUUUAUCUAUCUAACUCCUUUUCUCCUUCUUUCUUUCUUGUUUAGUUGUUAAUUUCUUGAAGUUAAGAAAGAUGGGAAGAUCACCAUGUUGUGAGAAAGCACACACAAACAAAGGAGCAUGGACAAAGGAAGAAGACCAAAGACUCAUUUCAUACAUCAAAGCUCAUGGUGAAGGCUGCUGGAGAUCACUCCCCAAAGCUGCUGGUUUGCUUAGAUGUGGAAAGAGUUGUAGGUUAAGAUGGAUAAACUAUCUCCGACCAGAUCUUAAACGUGGGAACUUCACUGAAGAAGAAGAUGAGCUUAUUAUCAAGCUUCAUGGCCUUCUCGGAAACAAAUGGUCUUUGAUUGCCGGAAGAUUACCCGGUCGGACUGAUAAUGAGAUCAAGAACUACUGGAACACACAUAUCAAACGGAAACUUAUUAGCCGAGGACUUGAUCCACAAACUCACCGGCCACUCAUUGGAGCCAUUCCAUGCAACACAAUGAAUACUAUUACUACAUCUUCAGAUGAUUUGCAUGGCAAUGCAGCUGGUACUAUAAAUUUCAAUCAAGAAGCUCAAGAUGAAGUACUAAACUUAGACUUGUCUAUUAGUCUUCCUUAUCACUCACAAACAGUACCUUCUCUCACAGUUGAAGCAAAAACAACAACAAAUAUUACAAGCUCAUCAACACCACCAAGUAAUUAUUAUUGUAGUAGUACUAGUGGUAAUCAAGCCAUUUGUGUUUGUUGUCAUUUAGGGUUUGAAAGAAGUGAAGCAUCAUGUAGUUGUAAUGAAGGUAUUGGUAACCACCACCCUAGUUUGCUAAGAUACUUAAGACCAAUGGGAGAUGAACAAGAAGUGGAGUGAUUGGUUUGUGAUUGAUUCUUAAUAUGAAAGAAAGAUGCUGUGGUUUUUGAAGUUGUUUAUAUGUGUCUUUAUUUGUUUUGUGUGCUCAAAAAGAAGGCAAAGGUGAUAAGGGUUGUUGGUUCUUGUGUGUUGGAGCAUGUGAUGGAGAGGAGAACCUUUUGUCACGUAGGACUAGUGUGGAGAGCAUGUGAAGUGUUUUUGGGUAGGUAACCAAGCCACUAAUUGAUUAACAAAAAAGUUAUGAUUAAUAUUUUUUUUUUUAAUAUAUUAAUUGAAGGUCAUAAAGUGAAUGUUAUUAGUGUCCAUAGUUUAGUUAAAGGGUUGGUCAGAGAUGGAUCAUGUGCAUUGGAGUGUUUAGAGGUUGAUGAGUUGAUUGUAUUUUAAUCAUACUACUAAUUAUAUAUAUAUAUAUAUAUAUAUAAAUAUACGUGUGUGUUUGUAUUAUUA